GGCCCGGCACCAUGGACGAACUGCCCUUCUGCGAGGCGACGCUGGAGCAGGCGCUGGCCGAGCCCAGCGAGCUGGAUGCGGCGCUGCUGACCGACAUCGAAGCCCAGCCCUGGAGAGGCAGAGGCAGAGGCAGGAGGAUGGAGAGUCCCAGACAAGGCGCAGACCACGGAACCAUGGAUUGCACAUUCGAAGACAUGCUUCAACUCCUCAACAAUCAAGACAGUGACUUUCCCGGCCUGUUUGACCCACCCUAUGCAGGGGGCGGGGCCGGGGGCCCAGAUCCCAGCAGCCCUGGCCCCAGCUCCCCAGGCACCUUGUCUCCACCUCCUGCCGCUCUGAGCUCCCCUCUGGAAGCCUUGCUGGGGGCACCUAAGUCGACAUCUCCACCCUUGUCCCCUCCCCAGUCUUCACCUACCCCAUUGAAGAUGUACCCAUCGGUACCCCCCUUCUCCCCUGGGCCUGGUAUCAAAGAAGAGCCAGUGUCAUUAACCAUCUUGCAGCCUUCUCCUACCCCACAGCCCCUUCCAGGGACCCUCCUGCCCCAGAGCUUCCCAGCUCCAGCCCCAGCCCCAGCCCCUUCCCCCUCUCAGUUCAACUCUGCCCCUGUGUUGGGCUACUCUAGCCCACCUGGCAGCUUCUCCACAGGGACCCUUCCAGCCAGUGCCCAGCAGCCGCUACCUGGCCUGCCACUGGCUUCUGCACCCGGAGGCCAGCCUGUCUCCUUGAACACUCAGGUCCAGGGUGCGGCUCCCCCACAGCUAUUGACAGCCACAGCAGCUUCUGGAACAACCACAGUGACCUCACAGAUCCAGCAGGUUCCGGUCCUGCUGCAGCCCCACUUCAUCAAAGCAGACUCGCUGCUGCUCACAACCAUGAAGACAGAUGUAGGGGCCACUGUGAAGACGGCGGGCAUCAGUGCUCUGGCCCCUGGUGCCACUGUGCAGGCAGGAUCCUUACAGACCCUGGUGAGUGGUGGAACCAUCCUGGCUACAGUGCCGCUGGUCGUGGAUGCUGACAAGCUGCCCAUCAACCGGCUGGCAGCUGGCAAGUCCCCAGGCUCAGCCCAGAGUCGUGGCGAGAAGCGCACAGCCCACAAUGCCAUUGAGAAGCGCUACCGCUCCUCCAUUAACGACAAGAUCGUAGAGCUCAAGGACCUGGUGGUGGGCACUGAGGCGAAGCUGAAUAAAUCUGCUGUCUUGCGCAAAGCCAUAGACUACAUCCGCUUCUUACAACACAGCAACCAGAAGCUAAAGCAGGAGAACCUGAGUCUUCGAACUGCUGCCCACAAAAGCAAGUCGCUGAAGGAUCUGGUGUCCACUUGUGGCAAUGGAGGAAGCACGGAUGUGCCCAUGGAUGGCAUGAAGUCUGAGGUGAUGGACACACUGACCCCCCCACCCUCAGAUGCUGGCUCACCCUCCCAGAGUAGUCCUUUGUCCCGUGGCAGCGGCAGCAGUGGCAGUGGCAGUGACUCAGAGCCCGACAGCCCAGUCUUCGAGGAUAGCCAGGUGAAACCUGAGCAGCUGUCAUCCCCUCACAGUCGGGGUAUGCUGGAUCGUUCCCGCCUGGUUCUGUGUAUGCUGGUCUUCCUCUGUCUGUCUUGUAACCCCCUGGCCUCCCUGCUGGGCAGCCUCUCCGAUACCACCAGUGUCCACCAUGGUCCUGGGCGUAGCAUGCUGGAGGUUGAAGGCAGAGAUGGCACUGAUUGGGUGUCGUGGCUGCUGCCCCCUCUGGUCUGGCUGGCCAAUGGGCUACUGGUGCUGGUCUCCUUGGCACUUCUCUUCAUCUAUGGGGAACCAGUGACACGACCCCACUCGGGCCCUGCUGUGCACUUCUGGAGACACCGAAAACAAGCUGACCUGGAUCUGGCCCGGGGGGACUUUGCCCAGGCUGCCCAGCAGCUGUGGCUGGCCCUGCGAGCACUGGGCCGGCCACUGCCCACCUCCCACCUGGACCUGGCCUGCAGCCUGCUCUGGAACCUCAUCCGCCACCUGCUGCAGCGCCUCUGGGUGGGCCGAUGGCUGGCAGGCCAGGCCGGAGGCCUGCGGAGGGACUGCACCCUGAGGGCGGACGUGCGCGCCAGUGCCCGAGACGCGGCCCUUGUCUACCAUAAGCUGCACCAGCUGCAUGCCAUGGGGAAGUACAGUGGUGGGCACCUCACUGCUACCAACCUAGCAUUGAGUGCCCUGAACCUAGCCGAGUGUGCGGGCAAUGCUGUGUCUAUGGCGACGCUGGCAGAAAUCUAUGUGGCGGCAGCCCUGAGGGUCAAGACCAGUCUCCCGAGGGCCUUGCACUUCCUGACUCGCUUCUUCCUGAGUAGCGCCCGCCAGGCCUGCCUAGCGCAGAGUGGUUCCAUGCCUCUUGCCAUGCAGUGGCUCUGCCACCCUGUGGGCCACCGUUUCUUCGUGGAUGGGGACUGGGCCGUGCGCAGUGCCCCUCGGGAGAGUCUCUACAGCUUGGCCGGGAACCCAGUGGACCCUCUGGCCCGGGUGACUCAGUUAUUCCGUGAGCAUCUCCUGGAGCGAGCGCUGAACUGUGUGGCCCAGCCCAGCCCUAGCUCCAGUCCCAGCCCCGGGUCAGCUGAUGGGGACAGGGAAUUCUCAGAUGCCCUUGGGUACCUGCAGCUGCUGAACAGCUGCUCGGAUGCUGCCGGAGCUCCUGCGUGCAGCUUCUCCAUCAGCUCCAGCGUGGUUGCCACUACCGGUACUGACCCUGUGGCCAAGUGGUGGGCCUCCCUGACAGCUGUGGUAAUCCACUGGCUGCAGCGGGAUGAAGAGGCAGCUGAGCGGCUAUACCCACUGGUGGAGCACAUGCCUCAAGCUCUGCAGGAGACUGAGAGACCCCUGCCCAAGGCUGCCCUACACUCCUUCAAGGCUGCCCGAGCUCUGCUGGGCCGUGGGAAAAUAGAGCCUGGUCCAGCCAGCCUGGCCAUCUGUGAGAAGGCCAGUGGGUACCUGUGGGACAGUCUGGCCACUGCACCAACUAGCAGCUCCAUUGACAAGGCCAUGCAGCUGUUCCUGUGUGACCUGCUCCUGGUGGUACGCACUAGCCUGUGGCGACAGCAGCAGCCACUGGCCUCACCGCAGGCAGCUCCGGGCACUAGCAGCGGGCCCCAGGCCUCUGCCCUGGAGCUGCGUGGCUUCCAAAGGGACCUGAGCAGCCUGAGGCGUCUGGCACAGAACUUCCGGCCUGCCAUGCGGAGGGUAUUCCUACAUGAGGCCACAGCCCGGCUGAUGGCAGGGGCCAGCCCUGCACGGACACACCAGCUCCUGGACCGAAGUCUGAGGAGGCGGGCAGGCCCCGGUGGCAAAGGAGGCGCGGCCGGGGAGCUUGAGCCCCGGCCCACGUGGCGGGAGCACACUGAGGCCUUGCUGCUGGCCUCCUGUUACCUGCCUCCCGGCUUCCUGUCGGCGCCUGGGCAGCGCGUGGGCAUGCUGGCCGAGGCCGCUCGCACGCUCGAGAAGCUCGGCGAUCGGCGGCUGCUGCACGACUGCCAACAGAUGCUCCUGCGCCUCGGCGGCGGAACCACCGUCACCAACAGCUAGAUUCUGGGCGGCAAGCCUUGGUCUCAGCGUCCUGGUUUCCUGCCUAGGAGGGAGGGUCGGGGUGUGUGUCGGGGGGAGGCGGGGAGGGGAGGCUUGGGGACCUAAGUCCCCAGCCACCUCAGCCCCCGCCCCAACCUGAAAGCGGCAGCCAGGAUAGUGGUGACCUCUGGUGGCCGAUCCUGGAAGUGCAGGGACGGAGCCGUCUGUGGCUCUGACUUUGCAGAUAACUUAGUGGGCCACCCCCCCCCCCAACCGGUCUAGAGGAAGGAGAGGCACGUUUCUCCUAAGCUGAGGGGGGCCUUGUCCAAAGGGCCUCUCUCCCUUCUGGAGGACUUGUACAUAGUGUAGAUUUUGGUGAGCCAGCAUCCUGGCUUCAGAGGCUCAUGUGCUACUUUGCCUUUUACAAACUUUUAUUUUCGUAGGUCGAGUUUUGUACAGAGAAUAAAGAAUGAAAUUAUUUAUAA